UUUUGCUGCAUCUUUUUUUUUUUAUUGAGGGAUUGGGGUUUUGUGGAAUAGAAGUGCCUGACGCGAACAUGCAGACAUACUCGUAAAUACGGUAGAUUCAAACGAUACUCACUAGCUCUUUAAAAAAAUCAAGUAGAUUUUUAUAAUGUUGAUUAUUUUUGUGUUUCCAUUUUUGUUCGUGAAUUCCAUGAAGCGAUUGUUGCGCACCCGACGAUUCUCGACAGCACUAAUAUAGCCCUCUCUCUCGAAGCAAUGCAAUGUCGUAUAUAAAAUAUAUGGCCAGCACCGUGUGGGGGUGAGCGAGAGAGGACGGGACGUGAGUUAAUCACCAUUAAAAGCCUUGUGUGUGGGCUGUACGCCGUUUCUCCCGAAUUUCAUAGAAAUUUUCCUCCUACCCAUUGAAAGGAGGAUAAAAAAGUGGCAAUUAAAGGCACAAAUGUUGCAUUAACAAGUGUUCAUUUUCGAAGAGUUAAUUUGAAGUACCGCGAUUGCUCCAAUUUCUCUGUCAAGACCAACUUAAAACUCUUCAGGAGAGCUCACAUAAAUAACAAAAUGGUAUUGGUAAAGACUCAAGACACUCCCAGUGAAUCAUUCGAAAUAAUAAACAAUGUCGGCUCCACCACCCCCACCGCCUCCAGCAUUUAACAUAAACAGUGCACCUAGCGCUGAUCCACAGGGUAGAAAUCAAUUAUUACAGUCAAUUAGAGCUGGAAAGCAGUUGAAGAAGACAGUAACUGUUGAUAAGAGUGCGCCAGCGAUCUCAGGAAAAGUGAAAAAUGGCUCAAGUCCCAACUCGCCAGCGGCUCCGAGUCUCUCCUCAAACGGUAAUAGCACGAGCACAAAUGCCCCAAUGGGUCUAGGUGGAUUGUUCGCCGGAGGAAUGCCCAAACUCAAGCCCACAGGAUUGAGAACAGCAAUUGUUGAAAAAGAAGUCCCAUCACCCCCGAGUAAUCAAUCCUCUGGAACGAUGAAGCGUGGUCCACCACCAGUUCCUCCCCCAGCGGCCCAGAAGCCUCAAAUACAGACUGAAAGUAGCCCGGAGCCAAGCAAGGGCUUUGGCAAGCCAACACUGGCCCCAAAGCCUCCAGGAGCACCUCCUCCUCCAGCCAUUGUCUCGGGCUCGUCGACCCUCCAGAAGCCCUGUCCACCACCAAAGAAACUCGAUUUACUUCGUGGAGGUGGUGUAUCGAGGGCCCAGAGCAUGAGACUACCAAGAUCACCCCCUGUCCUAGCUCCAAACUCGUCAUCACUCCAUCAGUCUCAGGACUGUCUGAACGAGACACAUCAGAGGCCCAUGAACAGAGUUCUGAGGCCACCAGUGGCGCGACCACCGUCACCCCCAACCUCCAGAAAUGCCAGUGGAGUCUCAGGCCCGGUAAUGCGCGCAGCACCUCCUCCUCCUUCGAGAACCUGCGUCACAGCCCCAAGUAUGCCACCACCUCCUCCACCACCCCCUCAUCGUUCAAACGUCACUACUCAUCAGAGAAUAGCACCUCAACCUCCACCCACACCACCAACACGGAAUCUAUCGUUAUCAAAUGGUCAAAGCGCUGUGACAAGUACUCAAGACCUAGAGACGAGAUUUAUCGAUCAAUUUCACUCGAUAGCGACAUUCCCAUCGCCAGAGCCAUUCCGGGGUGUACCAAAAUUCUACAAUAGUAAAAAUGCGGCAAAACAACAAGCACCGGCACCACCUCUGCAAUCGAGUCCCACACCCAGUACCAUGAUUCAAUUGAACGCUUCAGCUGGGGGUAGACAGUGGCAACACAAUGCAGCAUCCUCGGCGUGUUGAUGAAUUGUUCAUUAAUCAUUAAAUUGAGAGUCACGUGAGGAGGGUAUCUAUUAUUAUUUUGUAUAUAACAUUAUUUCUUUCCACUGGUAUUGCUGCAAAUAAAACUCAACAUCGAUGAAGAUUUCCAAAUGCUGUUGAGUUUAUGCAUAAUAGCCAAAUGUAUAAUUUAUAAAUAUAAAUAGUCAUUUAGAACGACCAGUAAAAUUGUAAUACUAUUAAACAGAUCAUAAUUACAUUACUUAGUCAAAUAACAAUUUCCUAUUGAUUCAUUAAUUGUCAUUGCUGA